AUGUAUUCUCUGGUAAGUAAGGAACUCGUUAGUGAAAAGGUUUUUAUUAGGUAGUGAACUUGACAACACAAUUUUUAGAGACUACUCUUCGUCUUGCUGCCAUUGGUGGCUUCAGACGCCGCUCUCCCAGCAUCAUACAAUGCUCUGGACAACGGCAACUGCCUUGCUGUUACUUCUAAAGCAUACAACAUGUCGGAGAGGACCCUUAUUGACGAGGCGUACAAGGCAGUCACCGCUGCUUGGAUCAUCAACGUGCGCAUAUGUUUGGAAAGUGGAAGGGAGAUUUUCGUCUCGCCCACACACAUACUACAAUGCUCGUACAACAAAGUCAAAGAUUAUGGGUAUGCCGUUGAAUUCCCUUGUGUCGUACACCAUGACUUCUCAAAAGUGCGUAGACUUUUUGUGGCGUCGUGACACUUGCGAGCAGCCGACAUUUACCGAUUAUACAGUGGUGGACCUGAUCCAGUGGCAAAAAAUUUACCAUUUUGCAUCCGGGAAGUAUCAAAAAUGUGGCAAAAUGCUUCGCUCACCAAGUGAAAUAACUUCGUUUUGAAGGGUAUAUCCUUUACCUCACAAAAACAGCGGGCGCGCUUUUGAAAUCGGAGUUUUUUACACUUGGAGAGGUAAGCAUUUUGCCACAUUUUUGAUACUUCCUGGAUGCAAAAUGGUACGUUUUUUUCCACUGGAUCAGGUCCCCCACUGUAAUUACGAUUUUUCUACCGUAAACUAUGCCUAGCAACGAAAAGUCUACGCUCUUUCGAAAACGCCUAAAGUACUGUCAAACACAUUGAUUAUAAUUUAGAAACGGAGACUCGACCCAGUUUUUUGAUCAGAUCUAUAAAAACGGUGUGGUUACGGAGGAAUGCCAACCAUGGAACGAAAAUGCGCAGGAAUGCGUUGAGGAAUGUGUUAAUGGGAACAGGGGGGUCCGAGUGCGCUUCGACUUCAAGUCGGAGGAGACGAGAAACAGAAGCCAAGUCUUCGGCAGCGAGCAGUUGAAAGACGAGGUGUACCACAAUGGACCCGUUUUUGUCAUUUUCCUCGGCAAAGCGGAUCUUCUGCAAACCAUCAAGUCCGACGAAGUUUACCACGUAAGUGAAGGGUUUUGUGGCUUAACGAUAUAUCUUAGUUUAAGAGUGUUCCCGACUAUCGCGAGUUUUCCGCAGCCGUCGUCGGCUGGGGAGAAGGCUACUUCCUUGUGCAAUUACUCGACCCAAACACUCAAGGAGAGCUGUAUCCCCCGGUCAAAAUUUCAUACGACAACUUAUACUUCCCCAUGGCUAUCCAUCCCGACGUCGCCAAUCUUCCGCAAUAA